AUGGCGGCGGGAGGAGAGGCCGCUGACCGGCCGUGCGGCCUCGUGCAGGCGGGCGGCCCGGCUCCGAGCAGCAGCAGCGGGGCGCAGGCGUGGCCGGACGGCUGCAGCUACAAAGGGGAGGUCGCUUCUGCUCUGAAGGGUGGGCAUGGGGAGUUUCGCUGGGCCAACGGCGAGAGAUAUGUGGGACAGUUUUACAAGGACCAUCGCCAUGGCAAAGGGAUUUACUUCUGGCCUGAUGGUUCCAAAUUUAUUGGAGCAUUUUAUCUUAGUCAUAAAGAAGGUUGUGGGACCAUGGAAUUCAAGGAUGGAAGAAAAUAUCAGGGUCUGUACAAGGCUGAUGAGCGAUUUGGACCAGGAGUAGAGACUUAUCCAGAUGACUGUCAAGAUGUUGGCUUGUGGCUCAAGAAUCACAUACUUAAACUGUGCACUGAAGUAGCUGGCUAUUUUUCUGUCCAAGCUUACCCAGAAUACUGCGAUUAUUUUGAUGCUGAUUCCCAGAGGGAGUACCUUAAUGAUGAGGAAAUUCCACAUACAGCUGUGAAUGAGGAGAAGGACCCAUUUUACUAUAGCCACAAAUGUCUCCUUUUAGAUGACAGUUACACGUUGCCUGAAAAGAUAUACGUCUACUCGACUGACAUGGAUCACCUUCCUUUGACUCGCACCUUCCAUAAAGAGUUUGAUUCCCAGGUUUUUCAGAAUAAUAAACAGAUAUAUGAUGAAGACCCCUGGCUUAUUACAAAUAUAACCCCGUUAAUGAUCAGAAUGCAGAGGCACAUCUACAAAUAUAGGCAUUGUCAGGCAGAGAUCAGCUGGGAUAUUAACUUCAUUCUGAAUGGAAUUCGAGAUCCCUUUGGACCUAAGGGCCCCAAAGAACUUGCUUCAGAGCAGCUGAUUGAAAAGGCAGCAGCAGGAGACUUUGAGAGAGUUUAUGCAAUUCUCAGGGAUGACCUUGCUCACCCAGAUGUAGCUGAUAAGCGUGGGUACACUGCACUUGCUGCCGCUGCUGUAAAUCACCACAAUGACAUCAUCAAUCUUCUUCUCAAUAGUGGAGCUGAUGUGAACAAAUGCAAUGAUGAAGGAUUAUCAGCUUUAUCAAUGUGUUUUAUUCUGUAUUACCCAGUGGAAUCAUUUAAGACUAAUAUUGCUGAAAGGAACAUAAAUAAAUAUAAGGAAGCACAGUCAGUAUCUUCAGAAGCUGCUGCUACACUGGCAAGAGUAUGGGAACAUUCUACAAAACAGAAAUGUUUAAUAGACACCAUUCGUGAGUCAGGCCUAAUAUCUCCAGUGUCCAGGGAAAGGGUGGAGUUUGCUGUUAAUGAUGAGAUAAGAACAUUAGAUGGAACUGAUUAUGCGAGCUUAGAAAAGAGGACCAACUGCAGCAUAGAAACAACCUUUGACUCAAGCCGUAGCGUUCUCAACUAUGGAAUUGAGGUUACUCCAGAGACCCUGCAGCACAGUGCAAAAGCUUUCAGCCACAGUUUGCUAAAAACAGCCUCCUAUUCCUGUAGACUCGGUGGAGAUGAAGGCACAAUGAGAAAAAUGGCAUUAUCUAUAUCAGAACACCAAAGACGAUGGGAGACCAUCAAACUGCUGCUUCGCAGAGGUGCAGAUCCCAACACUUGCCGUGUCCCGUUACCAGUUCUCUUCUUUGCUAUUAAAGCUGCAGAUGUAAAUACAGUGAAACUACUCUUAGAAAUGGGAGCACGGACUGACGUACAACUUCCCUCUAAGCUAGGAGGUUUAAGUCCUCUUCAUAUUGCUGUAGCAAUUCCUGGAGAAGAAGGGGUCAAGAUAACAGAAUUCAUCCUUCACUCAGCUGUAGAUCCUGAUACAAGGGCAGAAGAUAAAGAUGAUGUGUAUGAACAAGACAGGGGUAAAAGCACUGAAUCAUCUGUUGGUCUUGCCAUGAAACUUAAUAAUGAAACUGGACCACCUACUGAGUACUAUUCUUAUUCUGGCCUUGUCCCAGAGGAAGGUGGGAGGACUCCAUUGCAUAUUGUCUGUGAGAGAGAGGAUAACCGUGAGCAUGUCAGGGAGAUUGUCCAUCUCCUUUUAAUUCAUAAGGCAAACCCUAACGUUUUGUGGAGCGGGCAUUCGCCCCUGUCCUUAGCAAUUGCCAGUGGGAAUGACUUGGCAGUGAUAGAACUCCUAGCGUAUGGAGCUGACCCUAAUCUGCCAUUGAGCAAAGGCAUAGGAAGUGCCCUUUGUGCAGCUGUCAGCACAACAUAUGAACAGAAGAGAACAGCAGCAAGUCGAAUUUCUUUGAUUGACAGGCUGAUUGGAGCUGGUGCAGAUCCCCUGAUGCCAGUUACUGUUGGUCAAGGGAAGAAGACUGCAGUAGGAACUGUAGUAGACUAUGCCUACUAUACAUACUGCCAGGAUAAAAGGAUAGCACAUACUCCAUAUCAUGCAUUAUUGCCACCAGAAAGGGAGAUGUUCAAUGCACGCAGGUUUCUGCUUGAUUACAUAAGUGAUCACCUUCGAGAGCGUGUCCUUGAGAAGGAGAAGCAGUGGGAUAGAGAAGAACUUCAAAAGUCCAAAAAAUUGGAUUCAGGUAUUCAUGUCACCUUUGCUAAAAGGAAAUGUGGAGACGGGUACCCUUCAGUAACAUCACAGGUGGAGGAAGUGAGGUGUCCCUUUUUUAAAUACUGUUACCAGUGUGGACGGUCUGUAGGGGUCCGACUCAUGCCUUGCAUUCGCUGUUUUGAAAUCUUCACUUGCAGCAAGUCUUGCAAAGUAAAAUCGUGGAAUGAACGUCAUAGGCGAGAGUGCUUAGGAGCUACAGACAGACAUCAGAGUAAAACUAAGUCAGGUAUUUCAAAAGACAACCAGAGUCCGGCUGGCAGAAAAGGAAGAGAAGGGAAAGGUGGAAGAGAGGAGAGAGAUGGAUCAAAGAUGAAAGACAGAAGAGAAGGCAGAGAGAAGAAAGGUGGAAGAAAAGGAAGAGAAAGGAAAGGCGGAAUAGAGGUCUACAAAAAGGGUGACAGGAAACCAAGACUGGGUCGAGAGCAUGAAGAGGCCAGUGCCUGGCCCGAUCUACCUUAUACUGGGAAUUAUAGUUACAAUUAAUCCUACUUGAGAAAAACAAAACAAAAGAAAAAGUGUAUUGAGUAAUUUGAGUUUGCAUUACUUGCCUUUAUCAGUAGUAGGACACUAAUAAUACAAUUAUGAUGAGAACUUAGAUAACUGUCUGCAUGGCCUAAGAGUCUUCUCUGGGUUUAUUUACAUACUUACGUUUGGCUCCUUCUCCAGUUAGGCACAUAAAUAUACAGCUGCAGGUUCAACAUGAGUAACAUUCGUGGUCAGAGUUUGUAAAGAUAUUCAUGCCCCUGGAAUGGCCUGACAAUAUUUCACACAGACUGGGAAAAUUGCUCUUUGUCUAACCUUCAUUUCCACUUGAGGUUAAAUAGUUACUUGGUUAAAAAGUUACACUACUUUACACUGAUGCUGUUAGUCGAUUAACCAAACCACUGAAAGAUGACUUAUUCUUAAAAAUAUUUUUAAUUGAAACCACUGAAGGGGACACGCACACAUCCAUGUCCAGAGAAGGAGAAGUUGAUGUCCUGAAUCAAACAUCUCAAAUGUUCUCACCUGCUACAUCUUAUUCAGUACUGCUGAAGUACAGGACAGUCCUUUUUUACGGAAAGUGCUGAGGAAAUGCAUCUUGAAAGAAGGUAAGGUAUAAGGUUCAGUCCCCACCUUACUUUUAAGUCAGUGGGAUUUUUGCUGUUGACUUUAAUGGGAGCAAAAUUCAGUGAUAAUUGCAGAUGGUGGCCAACCCUUGUUUGAGAGCAGAAAUCAGGCCAUUUCUCUUUAACGUGCCUUUAUGUGGUGCUGUGUACAGGCCGCUUCUGUUGUAUCCAAUGUGUGGAGGUCCAGGUGCUCAGCAAUUCUGAAAAGCAGAUCCUGCCUGUUUUAGGCGCUGAGCUAAAUUUGUGCUGUUUACAAAUGUUUUAAAAUAGCUUUCCUCUCUUUAUUACAAAAGACAUACAGAUACACAGUUACUAGGCAGUUAUUAUAAAUAGGAUAUUGAAAGGAAAUGACUAAUUUGUAUAUGAUCACCCGUAUUUAUAGCUAUGCAUCUGUGUAGAACAGUGUGUGUAGGGUCUGAAUAGCUCUAACUGCAAAAUUGAUACUUAUAAAUAAAUAAACUUUGCAGAAAGAUUGUGCUCGUUGCUCUCAGUCUUGUGUGUUCCUGGGGAUACCUAGUUAAAAAACUGUGGCAUUAACUCAGUUUCUUUUCUCUUUACAUGUAACAUGUGCAGCUGUGUUCACUCAUUUCUGGAAAUGAAUAUUGUGUGUGGAUAGAAACACAAGGUCUAGUCCAAUGUCAUUUUAUUUUAUGGGAGACUGUCUUCCUGAGAUAAAUAAUCCAUACUCAGUCUAGUGGGAUUGAAUGCUCUCUUGCUUUGAGUUUACUUUGUAAGAAGUGGUAAGAAUGUAGUAGUGAAUUAUUAACACUAUACUUUGCAUUCUAAACUGUUAAUCAGUGGUUGUGACCCUAUUUAAUCUAGGCGCCUUUUCUGUAGGAAGUUCUUGACACUAUUACAUCCCAACAUCUCAAGACUCUUUCUCUCUCUCUAACCCUUGCAAAAUAUUUUUUAGCAUGUUUUUUUUUUAUGCAUGCUGUGUGUCGAAGUAACUCUUAGAGGUGUUCCUGUACAUCCUACUGGACUGAUUGUGUGGCGAGCUCACCUUCCCAAUGUCUGUAUCAUACUGUUAACCCAGUGAGCAAACCACAGAUUUCAGGCUCUACAGCCAUCAGGUAUCUGGCAUCUGCAUUUUUUUAAACUGUCUAGAAGAAAUAAAACUCACCUAUAAGAGGUGGCACCAAUAUCAAUUUAAGUCUCCAGCCUUUUUAUUUAUACAAGGAUUCAAAGAACAUAUUUCAACUUUAGAUAAACAGUGCAAGAUAGUUACAAGUACCUUGGUAACAGAAAGAAAUAUAUAACUGGCCAGCUAUGCCAAUAAGUGAAAUAAAUCUUAUGCCUGCAGAAAUGCAUUUUUAAAGCAAAGGUGUCCUUUAGAUAUUUUUGUUGUACCUUAUCCCUUAACCAAGCCCACCAAAAAACAAUAGGUUGUUUGUCAUUUGUAAAUGCUAAAUAGCUGUAUUCUUGAAGCCUUUAAUCCCUCCUCAGUUCAAACAUACAAAUUAUGGCACAAAAGAGCAGGCUUAAAGACAGAGACAACUGCAAAUCUAUCACUCCAUUUUUCUGGUUCUCCAAUUUGCUGGGACAUGGGUGCUCAUCUGUAACGCAUGUUCUUUCCUGAAUUACUAAAUGCCUUCACAUCCCUUAAGGAAUAAGAAUUUUUUUUAUCCAAACACCAAACAGUGCUAUCUUGAUACCAGAGAAGCAAAUCUUCUUUCCCCUGCACUCCCCCAAUCUCUCUUCAAAAGCAACAAAUCCAAAGCAAGUCCUACUCCUUCAAUAUAGGAUGCAGCACUUAAGAGAUUUCCACAGGGCCAGGGACUGUCUGUGAAUUACAGAUCUCAAGCAGGCUGACAGCAAACUUGCACUGCAUAGGAGAGGAAAGGACGCAGAGAUAGAUUUUCCCUUUUAAGUUUCUUUUCUGUUGUGGAUAGCAGUAGCUGACUAAGACAUUUCUAAAACAAGGCUGAACGUGGAACACAUUCCUGCAUCAUUUUAAAAUCUCCUCUUUCUAAAGAGCAUACAGAAUUUGGCUGCAUUUUUUUGCAUGUAGCCUUUUCCAUGCUUCAGAAUCUCACUGAGGAAUUUACAUAAUGAGGUGUGUUUAAAUGCAGACUUGGGGGGGGGAGCAGGGAGAGGCUAAAAAUCACUGCACUAGAUCAGUAAAGCAAUAUGUAUUGUGCCAUAGUUCUACUCGCAAAUACAUUCAUUUUAAAUAUAUGACUUGUAGGAAGCUGCUCUAUAGAUUUUGAUGGGUUUAGUAGCAUCAUUUUUCUUUAAUCGACAUUCAAUACCAGGGAGGCUCACCUUCCUUUUAGAUUUAACCUCCCUACCAAAUCAGAUCAAGUUCAGCUUUAAGAAAUGAUGGAACUAACGGGAAUACAACAAAGGAAUGAAAUAACAGUUACAACUGGCUGUGCAAAGGCAGGUACAGUUUGGAACAAUGAGGCACGCCAAACUGGACCAAGACUGCCCAGGUUUGAGGAUGCAUCAACACAAGUCUCAGGCCUUGCCCCCAGCUGGGUUGGGUAUCCCUGGAAAUUGUCCAAUGACAUGUAAGAAGUCUGCAUGGACAAGGGGAAUGAUGACUUUCCUCCAAUUGCUUUCUUGCAGCAUCUCUCCCCCCAGUCCCAUCUCCAACGCUGGAUUCUCACGUUCACUGCACAUUCCAUAAACUGCGACUGCACAAGUCAAAUUCUGCUUUUUCACCAAAUCUUAAAUAUGAACACACAUUCCCUCCCCCCGCACCCUCCCUAUGACAGACAGAGAAGAAGUGCCUGAAAGUCUGCUAAACCUACGUAUGCUUAAACACAAGAAAUGUUUUCUCUCCCCCAGAAAGAAAAAACACAAAAGUAUACAAAAGUAAGAGCAGAGCCCAAACAUAGGGUUCACUAUUUCCCAAGAGUCACUAGGACUGCAGUGUUUCUAGAAAAAAAACAACCUUUGCUAGGGAUAUGUCUCCAGAGGAUGCUUACUAUAUCUGUGAAUCAAACAAGCUUGCUAGGGAACCCAAAACACACAGCUCUACAAACACAGACACCCCUACGGACACAUAUGUAUAUUGCUAUCAUUUGUUGACAAAAACCAAACCAUUUGUUGAAUCCACUCCUGGCAAUCAAAUUCUAGGCUACAGAAAAUUACUGGCUAAGAGGAGGCUGUGCUGUUUGGAAGGUCUAGAAGCAAGCCUGGUUGAUCCACACACUCGGUGUGUGGCUGCAGGUAAGUCACCUGGACUGCUUGCUUUCUAUCUUGAGCAAUGCAGUGGGGCAGGUGGUGGGACAAAAGCAGGAAUUUACUUAAAAGAACAGAUUCACCUGGGCAACCCAACUGCCAAGGGUGAACACAUAAUAACCCAUCAGCCUCCAAUUCCUGUAACUGAGUUGCUUUGGGUGCCACUACAAUAUGUGAGGCUUCACAAAACAGCUCUUUCCAACAAUCCCUUUGGUAAAAGGUCACUGUUGUCUUUGUAAA